AUGGCUUGCGGGAGCGGGAUAGGAUCGUGUCCAACUGAACAGUGUUGUUCUAGUGGAGGUCAGUGUGGCACUGGAUCUACGUAUUGCGCGGGACCUGAUUGUCAGUUGGCAUACGGACCUGCAUGUGACGGAAAUGUACCCUACGGUCAGUCAGCAACUUUGUGUGGAGCUGGUUUGUAUCAUUGCACAACACCCGGUGUUAUCGCCCUCACAUUUGAUGAUGGUCCCUAUAACUUCACCAAAAUGGUCCUAGCAACACUUGCAAAAUACAAUGUCUCAGCAACAUUUUUCAUCAAUGGCAACAGUCUGGGUAAAGGUCGAAUCGAUGACCCCACCACACCUUGGCCCCAGAUUCUCAAGAACAUGUAUGCCGCAGGUCAUCAACUGGCUUCUCACACAUGGACUCACCAAGAUCUCACUUCCCUGCCAACAGAUCUGAUGCAAAAUCAAGUCAUCUACAACGAGAUGGCUUUCCGCAAUAUUUUCGGCUUCUUUCCCACGUAUCUACGUCCACCGUAUGGAUACUGCUCCGGAUCUUCAAACUGCUCUCCAUAUCUCACCAGCAUGGGAUACCACAUCAUAUACUGGGAUGUCGACACCAAAGACUAUCUGAAUGAUGAUCCCACCUUGAUUAUCAACAGCGAGAAUUACUUUGCAGGCAAUACCUCGAGUCCAGCAAGUGGACAUAGCUACAUCCCACUGGCGCACGAUAUACACCUUAACACCGCGUUGACAUUGGUAGCAUAUAUGUUGGAUACGUUGAAUGCGAGGGGUUACAAGGCGGUCACGGUGGGCGAGUGUCUGGGCGAUCCAAGAGCAAAUUGUACAGGAACAGUCACAAACGUGGCGUUGAGUCAAGUGGCAUCUACUAGCCAUCCAGGGGUGUCAUCCACAACGCUGACUCCAGUGCCAACGUCUGAUGGGAAUGGUCUCUUUGCCUCGUUGCGGACGGCAUCGACUUUGAUACUUUGGGCAUCCGCUGUUAUUGUGAGCGAACUGCUGUGAGAACAUUUCAAGGUAGAGUCAAUUGGGCGACACCGAAAAUGUUGAUGGUUC